AUGGCAAAUCCCAUCAUUCCGCGGCAAGACAAAGGUUCUGGAAUCAGCUCUUGGUUUAUGCACGGAACAUUCGUGAUUGGCCUCCUUUCGUUUAUCGCAGUCUUCAUCAAUCCGUUCCAAUCGCUCAGCUCCCCGGGGCUGGACAAGUACAUCCCAGGAGCAGGUUCUGAAAUAUGCCAACAAGUGCCAGAGUUAUCUCCAAGGAACAAGCAAGUCGAACAGUACAUUCGUGAGAAUGUCGACUCCGAGGAAUACCAACGGGAAAUCAUCAACAAGCUCUCUGGGAUCAUUCGCAUACCAUCAGAGAGCUACGAUGACAUGGGCUCCAUUGGCAAAGACGACAGGUGGAAUAUAUUUUUCGAAAUGGAGGGCUAUAUCAAAGUCCACUAUCCCACAGUGUUUCAAAAUGUGAAGCUGGAUCACGCCAACACACACGGAUUGAUCCUGACGUGGGAAGGCAGCUCCCCACCAUCAGAGGCCAAGCCAAUUCUCAUGCUCGCGCAUCAAGACGUCGUACCGGUGCUUGCAGAGAACAUCAAGGAUUGGACGCAUCCGCCCUAUGAUGGUCACUACGAUGGCGAGAUUAUCUGGGGCCGAGGUGCCACUGAUGACAAAGGCUAUUUGAUAUCCAUCAUUGAAAGUCUGGAUCUUUUGAUAAAGAGCGGAUUUGCACCGAAACGAACUGUUAUUCUGGCCUUUGGCUGUGAUGAAGAGAUCAGUGGCUUGAAUUGCGGAAAGCCCAUCUCGGAUUUCUUACAUGAGAAAUAUGGCGACGACGGGAUUUACCUGAUCAUGGAUGAAGGUUCCACGGGUAUCCAGAGAGAAUUUGAUCAGUCUUUUGCUGUGGUCAGCGUCGCGGAAAAAGGUUACUUGGACGUUGGGAUCAGUGUCUCCUCGACAGGCGGGCAUGCCAGUAACCCGCCGGAUCACAAUGUCAUUGGUAUCCUAUCAGAAAUUGUGGUCGCAAUUGAAAGUAACCCAUUCCCUGGGAUAGUCACUCCGAAGAAUCCAAUGUUUCGUUUCCUGGAGUGUGGCGCUGUCCAUGCUCCCCCGGCUAGCUUCCCCAUGGCAGUUCGGCGCCUGCUGGGACCGGCUGCCCAGAAUGACAGCUCUAGCCAGGAAAGAUUGGCCCAAACACUGGAUGAUACGAGACAUUUCUUCCAAACAACCCAAUCUGUCGGAAAAAUCAAUGGAGGAGUCAAGAUCAACGCCAUUCCUGAAACAGCAUCCACAAUGAUCAACCUGCGUCUAGCCGUCGAAACCUCCAUUGCUCAGGUUAUGGUGCACUACGAGUCUCUUGUUAGUCCAAUUGCCGAAAAGCACGGAAUGGCAUUCGGGGGUUUUGAUUCGCCCUGUACCCUCACAGGAAAACGGAAGAUCUGCAUGUUUGGAGUCGACGCCUUAGAGCCUGCUCCUGUCUCUCCUGUGGAAGCUGAGCCCUACCGCGUCCUGUCUGGUACCAUCAGAAAUGUUCUCAAGCCACUGGCUGACGGGGACAGUCUUAUUGUCACCCCAUAUCUGAUGCCAGCUAACACCGAUACCAAGUUCUUUUGGGCUUUGACAAAGAACAUCUAUAGAUUUACGCCUGUGAAUCUUGUAGAGAACCUCAACCGGGCGCAUACAACUGAUGAAUUUAUUCGGGCUGAUGAAUUUGUACGAGAGCCUCUGUUUUUCGCGAGUCUGAUUUUGAACGCCGAUGAUCUUGUGGGCUAG